AUGGCGAGCCUAAGAAAGUUAUUUAAUGUUGAGAAAACAUUGUUUCAGGGGACAAGUCCCGAAUUGAUCGAGAAAGAUUCGAACGGACUGUCGAGCGAUGAUUUUUCCCCAUGUCGUGCCUUGUCCAGCAGGUCCCCCGAAACCAACCUCCCACGACUCCCACACAUGCAAAACAAAACUUUUUACGGGAUUGAGAAACAAUUCGAAGACCUACAUGAUCAGUUUCGCCGCCGUCCAUCACGAGCCCUGCAAAACAAACGAUUUAGGAACCUCGAGUCGAAGCUAUUUCCCUACGGCAACCGGCGUCAUGUCGAUGUUGUAGAAGCUAGCUUCCCGGUCCAACAUGCCAGGGUUCCAACUCCGAUAUCUCCAGCGAGUAUGUACAACGAGGAAAUAGCCGACCGCAACAUUCAGAGUCAAGGAAUUGAUAAGACGGUGACAAAAUAUGCGAAUGUUAUUUCAGCGGUAUAUCAGGAAGACAUCGCGGACCGUAAUAUCCUUCUUAGUGGAGGAAAUGCGCGUGCACGCUGGACAAGAAAGGGUGAAGUGAGAUCGCAAUUCAAUCUGAAUAAUGGAAGAUCAUCGUCAUCCCUUUCCUACUACUGGGAUGGAAGGCCAAGGCUGUGGUCCAGGACAAAUGCGACAGGGUAUGAAACAUCGCCAGCGGAGGGGAAUGGAGAAUUGAGAGUCAUAUCUUCUGAUCAGGACCUCCGAUCUCAUCCUCUUUCCUACACACCAGAAAAUAUUGGUAGUAGUCCAACAUGCAGAAUGGGGGUUAGACAGUAUAUCGCUUUGCGAUUGAGGACCUCUUCUCCGGCAUUUUCCGCCCAAUGGCAGGAGAGUAAGAGUUCUCCAGAACCACUAAAAGCUUCCAACAUUUCUCCUGAUCUCCUUCCAUCUGCAAGAGAUGCUUGGAAAUCACCCAGGACAGUCGAGAACUCCAGCAAUCCACUGAAACUCGAAGUUAAAAAGCCUAGGACGAUUUCCGCAGAUAGACCUGCACUCAAACUUUGCGCCACCAAGAAUGCAUCCAGCCGUUUAUUAUCCCCGACCUCAGCUAGACUAUCUGGAAGGAAAAACGUUCGUGACCUUUCAAUUGAUACAAAACUCGCUGCCCCGGUCAAGACUUUUGUCAAAGUAUCUGGCCAACCACCCGAUAUGACGGUACCAACACCUAGACGCGAACCAAGCGCAAGCAUUGCGGAGAUCGUGAACAGCCCACUCCAAGUAGCAACUCCAUCAGCGAUAUCUCCAAAGGCCCCGAGCUAUAAUGUUGAGGAAAUUAUGAGUAUGUUUAAGCAGGCGUACAUGUCAUCAUCACAAGAGACCCACUCACGUCCUACAUUUGAAACUUUACAUGAUGCUAUUGUUCGUGAGAUCAAUUCUCACGAAGCUUUUCGUCAAGUCGCUUCCGAGAUUGAAACAAUGCCGUUUCCAGAAUAUAGUCCCUCCCCAAUUCCAAAUACGCACGUAGAAGAAAAUCACAGUCACAUGCGGAAGAAAUCUUCAUCCAAGAGCCUAUCAGGGAAAGAGAAACAAGCGGUCAAAUAUGUACGGAGAAACUCUGUCGCGCAGACAAGACGAAAUUCAUAUGCCCCGGUUAAGGAACUCUCCUUCCCAGCUAUUAAGUGCUUAGAGGGAGGAACAGAAGAGGACCAUAGUUCUCAUGAACGGAGAAGACAUACUUACUCUCAGCCAUUACAGAGGAGCGCCCUGGUUGCCCCUGAAUUUCCACGAGAACUCCGGGAAGAGGCUAAAAAUGCCAAUUGGGGCCUUUCUGGAGAUAUCUCACAACCCAAAUAUACCUACAAACUAAUGCCAGAUGUCUGCCCAAUGAGUUCCCAUAGCAUUCGUCCUAAAAGGCCCCCCUCCAGGCAAGGCACUUCUGCCUCCUCAAAACCCUCACAGCCUCGCCGACUGAGCCAACAGACUCGGGCCGCCAAACCAGAAACAAAGCAAAAGUCCAGCAGUUGUAGGAACACGACCACAGCGCAUACAGAGCCGGAGGCGCCUAAAUUUCAAUUCGACCACGUUAGGGAUGAAGAGAAUAAAUAUCUAUUUGACCUAACCCCAAGAUCACGUUCUCCCUCUGAAUCUAAAACCCCUACCUCCAGUUCGCCCUCGCAGUCGUCUCAAACAACGCCAGUCAAACGGUUAUUUAACAUUUCCCCUCAACCAAUUGUCAGGAAUCUGAUACCUCUUCGCAGAAGCAGUCUUACAAAGGACUUGUUUGAUUCAGGGAGAUUCAGACUGUGA